AUGCCUCCUAAACGUAUUGCUAGCCAUAGGAACAUUGAUAAUGCAGGGAUACCACAGUCAGAGGCACGCCUAUCAAGGGAUAGAGGCCGACCCACGAGAUAUGCGGAGGCACCUCAAGUUCCAUCUACCCCAUCUGCACCCACAUCAGAGGUUGAGUUUCGAGGGACAAUUGCAAUGUUCACGCAACUAAUAGCUGCUCGAAAUGGUAAUCAGAGUUUGCCGACUCUCAACUCAAGUUCCCAGGAGCCAUAUGCUGCCAUUAGAAUUAGAGUCUUUCUGAGGAUGAAUCCACCGGCAUUCACGGGUUCUAAGGGACAAAGUCGCCAGAAUUUCAGACCACAGGGUUCUCAACCCCAAUCUAGCAUGGGUCAAGGUGCACAAGGGAAGCCACCAUGUGUCAAGUGUGGUAAGCUUUACUUGGGAGAGUACAGAGCGGGAAGGAUGGGUUGUUAUAAAUGCAGCCAAAUAGACCAUUUUCAGAAGGAGUGCCCAACAUGGGGGAAUAGAGCCCAGUUCUCUACCACUGCACCACCAGCUAGGGGUAAUCAGAUAGGCGCUACUUCAGGAAUGAGUGGAGAUUUCCCUGGUAUGAAUCUGGUGAAUUUCACUUUUGAUGGAAAAGGGUAUGGAGGCUGGCGUAGGUGUAAUGACAUGGUGUUAUCUUGGCUCUUAAAUUCACUUUCAAAAGAAAUUUCUGAUAGUGUCAUAUACUCAAAAACUGCUAAAGCUUUAUGGACAGACCUUGAAGAAAGGUUUGGUCAAUCAAAUGGGGCUAAAUUAUACCAUCUCCAAAAGGAACUAAGUGAUUUAGUUCAGGGAUCUAAUGAUAUAGCAACAUAUUUUACCAAGUUGAAGAAACUUUGGGAUGAGCUAGACACUCUUAAUGCUGACAUAAAUUGUGGAUGUAAUUGUAUCUGUGGAGGAAAGGACAAACUGACCAAAUCUAUACAAGAUGAGAGACUUAUGCAUUUUCUGAUGGGUCUAAAUGAUUCAUAUGCAUCAGUUAGAGGAAAUAUGUUGAUUAUCUCACCUCUCCCUAAUGUGAAUGUGGCCUAUUCUAUCUUAAUUCAAGAUGAAAAACAAAGGGAGAAACAUGGAAACUAUGAGCAAAAAGAAAAAGGGAAAUUUGAUACAAGAAAGAACAACCUGACUUGCUCACAUUGCAAGAAACCUGGUCAUAGCAUCGACAAGUGUUAUAGGAUUGUAGGUUUCCCUGCAGAUUUUAAAUUCACAAAGACAAGAAGAAAUCAGACUUUGGCACAUAGUAAUGCAGUGUUUGCCGAAGAGAAACACAAUGACUAUGCAGGGAACAAUCAACAAUUUUCACAGGAGCAGUUCAGUCAAUUGGUUCAUCUUUUGCAACAAGUUAAAGUUAGCCAAUCAGGUCCUACAAGUUCAGGAGCAGAAGUUGUUGCCAACAGUGUAGCAUGCUCUGGGGCAACCCAACAUAUGGCUUUUGACUCCUCAAUCUUUUUUAAUCUAACUCCUUUUCUUACACCUUUAAGUGUUAAUCUACCAAAUUCACAAAAGGCCCCUUCCAUGAAGAGGCCUCAGGUUCUUGGUGAAUGUCAUGGAAGUCUCUAUCUACUCAAAUCUCCCAGCACUAAGUUCAGCCAUCAACAACAUAGCCUUCUUAGUUUUCCAAGUUUUAAGAAAAAUGAUGUUGUUCCUACUUUUAAUUCUGUUAUUCCAGUUUCUACGAAAGAUGUUAGUUUAUCUUUUUCCAAUUCAGUAGUAGCUAAGCAAGUUGAUGUAACUCUGUGGCACAAGAGAUUGGGCCACUUACCCUAUUCAUCAAUGAAAAAUAUCAAUCCUCCACCUAUAUUUUCUCAUAAUUUUAACCCCACUCCAUCAUUAGAUCAACACUCAGAAUCCUUUUCAGAACCUGAUGUCUCACACCCUGAUCUCUUCCCUAAUUCUCCUUCCUUUUCUCCUACUAUUUCACCAUCUAUCCUAGAACCCUCUCCUUCUGACCAAUCUUCUCCUUCACCUGUCCUACCUCUUGACAGCACUCCUUCACCUAUUGCGCCUCCUGCCAUAGAAUCAACCCCUCACCAUUCACAUAUUCCUCUACCUCCACAAAAUAUUCUAUCUACAAUCUCUACUACUAAAUCAGGCAGGCCAACUCACACGCCCUCUUAUCUUAAAGAUUAUUAUUGCAAUACUGUUUUCCUUACCAACUUAACUUCUUCUUGCUUUAUCCCAACUGUUCAUCCUCAAACUUUACCCUUCUCAGCCCUUUCUAUGACUAAUCAGCAUCUACUCAAUUCUAUUUCAAACAUAACAGAACCCUCAAGUUAUAAACAAGCAGCACUACAUCCUGGCUAG